AUGAACAAAUCAUAUGUUACUACAAUCAGACUGAAGUUUGAUGACAUGGAAAACAUGAAGGCAUUCUACCUAUUUUGUUCAUUGUCUCUGUAUUUUUGUACAGUCUUUAUUAAUACGUUACUCAUAUCUGCAGUUAUGUUUGAAAGAGCACUCCAAGAACCCAUGUAUGUAUUUUUCAGUAACCUACUAUUUAAUGGAAUUAUUAUUAGCACAGCUUUUUUACCAAAAUUAACUAAUGAUAUUUUGUCAGAAACAAAAAAUAUUUCUUUGUUUGGCUGCUAUGCUCAAACAUUCAGCAUUCAUUUUUGUAUCAUCACUGAACUAUUACUUCUAACCAUUAUGGCAUAUGACCGCUAUAUAGCUAUCUGUUACCCAUUAAGAUAUUCAAUGAUUAUGACAGAUAUCAAUGUAUGCAGACUUUCACUAUGUGCAUGGUUCUGCUCCUUUUUGAUAAAUAUAGCUGGACUUAUUUUAGUCAUACAACUACCAGUGUGCGGUUUUGUCAUAGAUAAGCCCUACUGUGAUUAUUUCUCUGUUUUAAAAUUAUCUUGCACUGAAUAUUUCAUUAAUAAUGUUUAUUCAUCAGUUAUAACUGCAGUUGUUGUUGUAGUUCCAUUGAUAAUCAUUGCAUAUUCUUAUAUCAAAAUAAUUCAGAUCUGUUUACAGAAAUCCAAAGAAUCUAAUGGGAAAGCCCUCAAGACAUGUUUUACUCAUGUAAUUGUUUUUGUGGUAUAUAUGAUUGGUGUUCUCUUCAUGGUAAUCCAGCAACGUUUGGCCACAAAUAAUGUUCCUCAUAGUGUAUACACAUUCUUGUCAUUGGAAUUUUUAUUAAUCCCUCCCAUUGCCAAUCCAGUCAUUUAUGGACUACGAACUGCCAAGGUUAAACUUGCAGUUAUACAUCUAAUCACAAAACUGACAAAGGGGAUGUGUACAAUGACACAUGACAAUAAAAAGGGUUGCAUUACAAGACGCACUCGACAUUCUCAAUAA